AUGGGUGCGUCAGACCAACGACGGUUCAGAAACAUCAGAGUGUACUGUGUGUAUUUUAUCUCCCCUCUCACCCCGUACUCCGUUUUAAAAAAAAAUUCUCCCCCGCCAGGGCUCGCCUUUAUCGCGUACUGGGGCAUCGUCCUCUUUGGUUACGACACCGGUGUUGGCGGCGGUGUCGUCUCCGCGACUUACUUCAAGCAGCACUUUGGCCUCGUCAAUGCCGAUGGCUCCGUCAACACUGCAAAGUCGGACGCAGUCUCCUCCAACGUCGUCUCCGUCCUCCAAGCAGGAGCUUUCUUCGGUGCCCUCGGCAGUGCCCCCAUAUCGGCUAUGAUCGGCCGCAAAUGGACGCUAUUCUCGUUUACCAUUAUCUUUGCCGUCGGUGCCAUCCUCCAAACCAUCGCUGGCGGAUCUCGUGGGAUCGGCUACAUCUACGGCGGGCGUGUCGUCGCCGGUGUUGGCAUCGGCGCCAUCUCUGCAGUCGCUCCUGCCUACGUCUCCGAAUGUUGCCCCAAGGACGUCCGUGGCCGUAUCACCGGCUUCUUCCAAAUCAUGGUUGCCAUCGGUGUCAUGCUCUCGUACUUCAUCAACCUGGGAAUCAGUCUGCACAUGCCAACCGGCUCCAACGUCUGGCGCAUCCCCUUUGGUUUCCAGCUCGUCCCGGCGGGUAUCAUGGCCCUCGGUCUCCUUACCGUCAAAGAGUCGCCCCGUUGGCUUGCGUCCAAGGAUCGCCUCGAGGAAGCCGCUCUCAACCUUGCGUACCUCCGCCGCUGUGAUCCUGACGACGUUGACAUCCGCGCGGAACUCGCUGAGAUCGAGGCUGCCAUCCACGAGGAGCGCGCAGCUCGGAACGGACUCGGUCUAAAGGAGGCGUUCUUCGGCAAGGGCAACUUUAUCCGCUUCAUUAUUGCCAUCGCCAUCUUCACCCUCCAGCAAUGGAGCGGCCAGAACUCGGUCGGAUACUACGCUCCUCAGAUCUUCCAAUCGAUUGGGUACACGGGCACGUCAAACUCGCUGCUUGCAUCGGGUAUUUAUGGCAUCGUCAAGGUCGUCACCACGACAAUUUUCGUGUUCUUCCUAGCAGACACGCUCGGACGAAAGCGCCUGCUCUUCAUCUCCGCGAUGGGCAUGGGUAUUCUGUUCUACAUCAUUGGCGCGCUGCUCAAGUCCUUCCCCCCGCCCGUGACCGUCUCGGGCAAUCCGCCACCCGCGUCCAAGGCGAUGGCUGCGAUGCUCUACCUCUACGUCUGCUUCUACUCGCUCGGCUGGGGCCCCCUUCCGUGGGUAUACGUUGCGGAUAUCUUCCCCACACGCACACGGCAUUACGGGCUUGCUACCGCCAGUGCCGCCCAGUGGCUCUUUAAUUUUGUGCUUUCGAAGAUCACGCCAAAUCUCGUGACGGACCUUGGAUACAAGAUCUUCCUCAUGUUUGCGACGAUCAACAUCGGCGGUAUGGCGGUCUUUUCGCUGCUGAUUCCGGAGACGAAGGGCCGCUCGCUGGAGGAGAUGGACGUUAUCUUUGGGUCGGUGCAGGCCGAUCAGCGCGAGGCGGACAUCCGGAAGCGCGAAAAAGCGUUCGACCAAGGCGUGAGCGAGAGCAAGUCCGUACGCUCCGAGGACGCAAAAGUAUGA